AUGGCCACCGCCUACAAGAUCGCCGUCCGGGCAAGCGGCACUCGCCUGUGCAAGGUGCAGCAGACCGAGGAGGCCGCCUCCAAGGUCUCGGAGCUGCUCCAGGAGGAUCUGCAGAAACACCACACCUUUUUCAACGAUUCGGGCUUUCACAACCACCUCGCCCACCAACUCCUCACCCUCUACGGCACCGGCGCCGCGCCCUCCACGCUGCAGGCCGCCUACGACGCCAACCGCACCUACCAGCUGGCGGCCAAGCCCGUCCGGGACAGCGUCGUCGCCCUCCUCCAGGACUGGCCCGCCAACGCCCCCUCGUUCCUCGGCCGCGGCGACCACUACCCCGACUUCCUGAGCCACUUCCAGCGCGAGAUCGAGCGCCGCGGCUGGCAGGCCGUCGUCGAGGAGCACCUGUGCCGCGACACCCCGCAGUCGCGCGACAUGGUCCAGCGCCUGUUUUCCGGCAUCGCCCACCCCAUGAUCCACCUCGCCUACGGGCUGGAGUGGGAGCAGCCGGCGCUCGUGGCCGCCGGCCUGGCCCAGGCGGCCGUCCAUCCGAACCGGCUGGGCGAGUUCUUCGACAAGGUCGACAAGGCCACGGCCACGGCCGCGCCGGCGCCGUCGCGCAGGAGCCUGGCCGAGGUUUGCGAGGCCGUGCGGGCUGACCACCCGGACCUGGUGGCCACCGCCACGUUCAACGACGACAACCCGCUGUACAACGGCGUGCUGGGGACCGGCCUGCAGGAGGCGGUCGAGCUGGCGGCAACCCUGACCGUCGGCGAGGACGACGUCGACGAGAGGACCGCAGAGCUGCUGCACCUCAACGCCUACGUCGCCGCCGCCGCCGCCGCGGGGCAUCCGCCGCAUCUCCCCAAGUUUGACUUUUUCCUGCUUCACAGCCUGACAUCGGCGCCCUUUGUCCUCUCGUUCAACAAGCCCUUUAUCCCGCUCCGCGCCCGGGUCCGCAUGCUCGAGCACAAGAUGCGCUUCGACCUGAUGCAGUACAUUGCCCGCGGGAGCCCCCCGCUCGGCGUCCAGCCCAUCCGGGAUUUUCGCGUGUCCCGCGACGACGCGUCGGCUGCCGCCCGGCCCCAAGACCUGCUUCCCCGGUACCACGCCGUCCCCGAUGACGGGCACCUCGUCAAGGUGGCGAGGGCGCUGCUCCUGGCCGAGCAGGAAUCGGGCAAGUGGAAAGGGAGGCCGUGGAUCAGGCUCCAGGACGGGCGUGAUUGGCUCAACGUCCAUCACAUGUUGCUGAGGGGGGUCGAGGGCCAGAAGACCCUGUGGGUCAUGGGGGCGGGUUUCCAAGAGGCUUGGAAGGACGUUCCAGAGCUGUGA